UCUUUUCAAUUAUUUUGUAAAAUUAAGGCCAAGUACAGUCCACUUAAUGAUAACAAAUUAGUUUAUUUCUUCCUUUAUGUUGGCUACAGGCUACUAUCUCUUGUGUGCAGUUGUAGACCCCUUUUCAAAAUAAUGUUUUUAAUUUCAAAUUCAACAGAUUUAGUCACUAAUUGUACUAUGACUAAUGUAGAAAUAAACUUGUACAAUUUCCUGGAUAAUUUAUUAGUUAACUGAAUAAAUGCAAUAACUAACACUAAUCCAAAUAUUUCACUGAAUGAUUAGCACUGUAUCAGCUGAAAAAUAAUUUAAUGCCGCACUGAUUCUUGUAUUUAUAAUAAAGCCUUGUUUGUAGACACCUUUCAAUAUUACUAAUAUUUUUGAACAUUUUAGGUAUUCUUGGACUGCUUUUAUGAACUUAUUUGAUCUUAAUGUUAUGCACUCUAGCAAACCUUUAAAUUAAGGCAGUAAAAAUAUAAUCCACAGCAGUAUGUGUGAUUCUCUCUCUACAUUUUCUUUUACACAUAUACUUCUGAGUAUUAUUUCACUUGUAUUAUUGCACAGUAUAAAUUACAUCAAAAGAAUGUAAUAGUUAUGAUUUGUAGACUCGUAUUAAUUGAUGAAAAGCCAUCUAGUGCUCUUGAUCUGUUGAUGAAGAUGGGAACAACCUUCAAAGGCUACACAACCAUGAAUUUUCAGAGACCUACAACAAUCACUCUUCAACGAGCUUCAGGUACAUCUUCCGCUGCAGGAACUUCUCACUUACAGAAUACUGUGGUUUCACUUCAGUACAUGAAAGAGCACAUGGGAGAUUCCAUAGCAAAGCAGAGUGGAAUCUUGAAUGUGAGUGGAGAAGCUGUUGCAAAAACGACCAGUCAGAGCUAUACUUUCAAGGCUGUUCCAACCCAGUUGAUUACUGUACCUAUAGCAAGUGCCAGUACUCUAAACAAAAUGUUGCCAUUUAAAAGUGAUCCAGCAAUACUGCCAAAAACUGUAUCGCCAAUGAUAUUGAGCACACCACAACGCACUAAUAUACAUCUCAUCAAUACCAGUCCAAGAACUCCUCAGCACACACUGUCCCCUGUAAUUGACCAUGGUGUUAACAGGUCAGGAAAAAGGCCACAUGAACUGACUCUUUCAGACUACUCAGAGAGCAAAAGAAACAAGAAAGGGGAGAAAAGUGGCAAAGGAUUACGUCACUUUUCCAUGAAAGUGUGUGAAAAGGUUAAAGAAAAAGGAACUACCUCAUAUAAUGAAGUAGCAGAUGAAUUAGUAUCAGAAUUUACAGACCCUCAAAGACAGAUUUCACACAGUGAUCAGUCUUAUGACCAAAAGAAUAUCAGAAGAAGAGUUUAUGAUGCUUUAAAUGUUCUGAUGGCCAUGAACAUUAUUUCUAAAGAAAAGAAGGAGAUCAAAUGGCAAGGGUUACCUACUAACUCAGCUCAGGAAUGCCAAAACUUAGAGAUAGAAAAAAAGAAAAGACUAGAAAGGAUAAAAAUGAAAAAACAACAGCUACAAGACCUUUUAUUACAGCAAAUUUCUUUCAAAAACUUGGUGAAACGAAAUAAAGAGUUGGAAAAAAAACAGAACGUUCCUGCACCAAACACCACCAUCCAGUUGCCUUUUAUAGUUAUUAAUACACAUAGAAGCACUGUGAUUGACUGCAGUAUAUCCAGUGAUAAGACGGAGUAUCUGUUCAAUUUUGACAACACUUUUGAGAUCCAUGAUGAUAUAGAAGUUUUAAAGAGAAUGAAAUUAGCUUACAAUCUAGAUAAGGGUGCAUGUUCACUUGAAGACCUGAAUGAAGCACGGCAGUUGGUACCAAAAGCUUUGGAGUCUUAUGUUGUCCAAAUGUAUCGAGGUAAUGAAGAUUUACUAGCUGGUAUGGAACUGGAAGAUGGGCUUCAUGCUGGGCAAGGAGGUGAGACAUCCAACUCUUACGAUCGAGCUGACAUGGAGGUUGCCAUGGCAAUGGCAAGAGCACAAGGCCUUUCUAGGCAAUCCAGCAUUGGAUCUCCUUUGGAUUUUCCAUCUCGUCCAGCAACUAGUACACCCUCUGAAGACUACUCCGGUAGUGAUUCUGAGCCUUCCAGUCCAGGAGACAAAAAAUGACCACUUCCCACACAACACAACUUUUACCAAAGUGCCCUACUAUCCCUAGCUAGCAUCAGAACUUUAAAUAACUUCAUAAAGAAGAAGUCUUAGCUUCUUGGGGUAUCAACUAAAGUGGUAUUAAGAAAAAAAAUUAAAUAUACUUGGUACCAAUAUGCUUAGUUCAACACCUGGUUUCAUGCCAUACUUAUUGCAUGGCACAUACCAGACCUAUGUUUGAGUUAGUGAAAUACACAUUUCAGAAAGUGGGAUACAUAUUAAUUGUGCUGCAAUAUCAUCAGAAAACACUGAAACAAAUUAACAUGUCUCUCACUGCCCUACAGACAUUGAUAACUUUGUUGAAAGUAUCUUUUAGGGUUUCUGUUUUAUAAGUAGGUUAUCAGAUUUUAGAGGAUUUAAGAAACUCGUAUUAUCAGUGGAUAUCCAAACAUGUUCAUGUUUCAAAGCUUUAACUUUUGUAUAUUAGUUGCAUAUAAAGGUAACAAUAAUUAGUUGUAAUAUACAGUUAAACAUACAAAGUGUUGUGUUGUGCAAGACUAAUUUCUGAGGAUGGGUUUCGUUCAGCAUAUUAUGGGUUUUAAUGCAACAUUUUUUAAAAUUCUAGUUGGCAUUUUUAGGUAUUUAUUAACUGAUACUUGGGGCAAUUAGACAAAGUUUGUUUUUGUAUCAGCUACUAUAAUAGAUUAUGAGUAAGAAUGUGAGCAGUUGUUUCUUUUUUAAGGUGUUAUACCUAGACUUGAGUUGUAGCUCAUUUAAAUUUUGCUUGACAUUCAAUGCAGUUUUUUGUUAAUAGUUAUUCAGAAUGUAGGUCAUGAUGUUUAUUGUUAUUUUGGUAAAUGUAAGCUGUGUUACAGUGUUUCUGAUUCUUUUGUUGUGCUGGAUACAAAUCAAUUUUCUCUAGAAAAUAAAAAUAAAAUUAUGUUCAACCUGCUCAUGUAACAUUUGCUUUAAUAUUUAUAAAGCAGUGGACUAUUAUUGUGGAAUUUUUUAUUACAAUUUUGGUGUGUAGAAUAAUUUUAUUUGAUAUUUUAACUAAUUUUUUUUUCAUUAAAGAGUGUAAAGUGAUUUACCAAUUCUAGAAUCUUAACAAGACAAGAUUUUCAACAUCCAAGUCGUUGCCCUUGAUUGAAAUAUGACAAUUUUUUUGUUAAAACUAGUCACUAAAGAAAGAAUAAUCAUAUUUCUUAACAGCAGAGAUCAUAAUGAAAUACCUUUAACAUCUAUUUUGUCGUGCAUGUUAGAAUUAUGUACUUAAUAAAUAAUGUUAUUCUUUAGUAAUAACAGUAUUUAUAAGUCACCUAAUAUUACUUGUUUAUUUAGAAGGGGCACUUGAUUUAAUUAACAUAUAUUUAAUUUAAUUUAAUACUGCCUGCUUGCAUAAAUAUUCCUGGAAACUGAAUGAAUUAAAAGACCCCACAAAUCUAUGAUGAUAUUUAUUUUUGUUCCUUCUCGAAUAACAUUCUUAUUAAUAAUCAUACUUCUCAUUUUGAGGGAUAUAUAUGGAUUGAUAUAAUAUUUUCAACAGUACUUUCCAGUGUUUAGGAAUUACUGCAUAGGCAUGUUUCAGUGGCAAGUCACCAUGAUCAAGUUUCUGUGUCACAGUGAUAUUAUGGUGUUCAAGUCUUAAGGAUCAGAGCCAAGAACAUUUGCUAAAUGUGUUAGAAUGAUUAGAUUUUAAUGGUAUGAUGUAUAUAAUUAUAACUACUCAAAACUAAGUGUGUGUGUGUAUAUGGUACGUAUCAGAUUUUUUAUGUAGUAAUGAAAUCCAAAAUAUUGUGACAUGAAUGUAAGAUUGUUAAGAUUUUGUGUACAUCUAAUAGCCAACUUCAAUGAUCAGAUUCACUUAUAUAACUCUUUUUUUCAUUUAACAACAAUAUUGGUACUAGUUAAUUACAAUGUACUAAUUAUCACCUGGACCUGUAUGCUGCUGAUUAGUUUUUCACAGCUAACUUAAUUGCUGCUAUAGGCAAAGAUGGAGAGAAAAAUUUAGCGAACUGGAUUAUGAUAUUUAUAUAUAUAAUAUAUAUACGUAUAUACACACACACACAUAUAAUUUGCAGUUUUGAUCAAACUAUUGAAGGAAAUACCUUAGUAAAUUUAAUAUGUGCCAUGUACAAAAGAUAAAAGCAAAGAUUGAAAUAAGAUUGUUUGGUAUAAUAAAAAUGUCUGUGAAUAACCAUUUAAACAGGGAAUUGUAGUAUAAAUGUAAUUUGUUCAGUAGAUCUCUUUAUAGUGCAAAGCUUUUUUCACAUUAUAUUUUGAAUGAACACUGGAAUAUGAUUUCACAUUAAAUCUACAGAAUAAUUUUGAUUAUAAAAUACCAUCUACAACCAAACUUUUUAUGUGCAUUAGGCUUAAAAAAUUACAACAGCUUGCAACUGCAGUUCUACAUGCUUUGUUUCAGUUUCAUUAAAGCACAGUAGUUUUUAUGUCAGUAACUUUUCAUAAAACAGGUUUCUUCAGUGUUGGAAAUUUAGUAAAACUACCCAGAAAUGCUGAGUUUAAAGAGUAGUGCUGGAAAUGAGCCUUAUCACACUAAUCAACUAUUCAUUGAAAAUGAACCCCUUGCUCAGUUGAGCCUUUAUAUGUUACAUUGAAGUGGUAAAACUUAGAUAUCUUCCAAACUUGAAGAAUUCAUCAACUUUAUAUGUUUAGAUAUUACAUAUAUCUUUAAAGGUGCAUUACAUUUCGCUUCAUUAGCAUCUAAAAUUGUUAAUGAUUUUGUUAAAUCACAUACUGCUAUUCACACUCAAACUAUUCAGAUUCAGUGAAGGGGCUGAACAAUGGCAUAGGUAGUGAUGGUUUUAGCUUCUAUUACAUAUCCCCAUAAAAUUGGAAUAAUGCAAAGAUAAUAUUUGAAAAUUAAAUUUUUGUUAAUGAAAGAAAAUAAAUAAUUUCACUGAAACGAGUAAGCUUUAAUAUUGCUUGUUUUAGGGCUUUAAAGGUUUUGUAUCAACGAACCUGAUUGAAUAUGUGUGUUCUUUAUUUCACUUUCAUUUUAUAUAUUUGAGCUUGUGUGCUCAGUUUGAUUAACUUAAACACAACAGAAAAAAUAUUUGUAUCACUUUUUUAAUUUUGCUCCAUGUUGUGUGAAUGUGGUUCACUUAAAAUUAGACCAUUAAAUAACAGCCUAUACACUGUUCAUUUGCCUGCACCUUUUACACCUAAGCUAGUGAUAGUCAUAUGCUAUAUAUUUCAAAGCUUUAACACUAAGUCAUUUACACCUAUUCAGCUUAGUUUUAAAUGGGCAUUUUACUUUUAAAUGAUUUCAUUAAAAAACCAACCAAUUGGAAUUUUCAUGUGGUAGUUUAUGGGUUAAAAUCUGAUGUUCUUUAAAAAAAUUUGUGAUUUUUUAGACUUAAUUCAAUUUGCCAAAUGCCUACCAUUAUCCUUUAACUGUGAAACAUAGGUGGAAAAGUGAAGAACAGUUAACAGAAUCCUUCUGACUAUUGUAGUGUUCAUUUUAAAAAUGAAAACAGAGAAGGGUGUUCUGUGUGUUACUGCCCUUUAAGGAUGAAAUAUAUCAAAAACUCCUAAUUAUUCUUAUGGCAUUAUAAAGAAAAAGUUCAACACAUACUGAUACUUACAAAGAACUUUUUUUAAACUAUGAACCUAUGUUUAAGUAUUAUUAUUGAUAAUGGUACAGUGUUUCUGUAUUAUAUGUGGAACAAAAGAAAUUAACUUCAGUGUACUAACUAAUAUCUUUUGAAAAUUGUUUUACUGUACUUGAUACUUAAGUUUUAUUGGAACUGUUUAUAGCUUAUGGAAGUUGCUCCUGACAAAAUUCUGGAACAGUAAAUUUAGCAAAAGAAUAAAGUUAAAAAGACUUAUUUGCCACUAGUGCUAGUAAUUUUAGAUAUAGCCCUUCUUCUGUAAAAUAUUUAUUUGCUCUGAUUGUCACUAUUUACAGGGGCCUUUGAAUAAAGACUUUCAAAUUGAAUUAAAAUAGUUCUGAAGUAUUUUAACUAUGCUGUUUCAUUAAGAGAACAAGAAUUAUAUAUAUUGUAAUAUGGGCAUACAAAUUCAGUAUGUUGUAUAGGCCAUGUCAUUUUUUUUUUUUUAUUGAAGUAGAGAAGUAUUAACCUGAUAUUUCAGUAUGUUUAUCUCCAACAAUAUAUUUUAUUAUUAAUAAUCAAAACCACACUUACAAUCAAAUCCAGAAUUAUCAACUGUAUUGAUUUCUCUCUACAAUUUUUCUGUAUUCCUAUUAAAAACAGUAGGCAGGCAGUAGCUUAUUAUAUGUAGUUUAACUAACUUUAUUUAUUUCAAUAGUUAAUUUUAAAAUCUUUAUUAAUGAACAUCCUUUUAAAGUAAUCUUAAUUAUUGUAAUGUGUCCAAGUGUACUUCUGGUAGUAAUUGCUAGUUGUAAAAAAAAUUAUACUUGUCACCUUUUUAUACAUUCAGUAUUAUGGAUGAAUACUUAUUUGAUUUUAUGUUUUACUGUUAUUACUUGAAUUUAUAUGUCUAUUUUGUAUUUUUAACACUAUAAGGAACCCACCAAAAUCUGUAUUGAUUUUCAGUGAUGCAUUAUGUGACAAGUUAAUAAACUGGAAGUAAAUUCAUAUGCUUUUCUUCUUCAAGAUAGUGUAAUAUAAAGCAUGGCUUAUUUGUUCUAGCAAAUUUUUAUACCAAAACCUGUAGAAGGCUUUAAAAACUUUUCUCAGGUUUAAGGCACCACUAGAAGUUUUAUUUUUUCUUGCAUGCAAUAAGACUUCUAACAAAUGAAAAGGACCAAAUGCUACCACAGUUAUGUGGAAACAUCUGUGAUGACCAGCCUUACCGAAAAUACAUUUUGGUAUCUGUGAAGAACAGUAACAAUAACUGUACUCAUAUGAACUGUGAUGCACAUAAAUGAUGUAUGUUUGCAUGGUGGUUGUGAAAACAAUCUGUGAAUCUUAUUUUUUAAAAACUUACUGGUCCAUGCUAGUUUUGUACAGAAUUGAUUUUAAAUGUCUAUUUUCCUUGUGUAGGUGAAGUAAAGAACAUAUUCAAACAGCAAGCUGUGUUGAAAACUAAUAUUAAUACAUGACUGCAUCAGACCUACCUACUAUGUUGAUAAUUGUGGUAUAGGUAUGGAUCUCUGAUAUGUUGUUUUAUAUAAAUAUAUACAUUACAAUCUCAUUAAAUCAUACUUAUUAUUCCUUGUCCAUUUCAAAUGAUCAGUCUGUUAACCACAUUUAAUUGUUAUUAAUGAUUCUGUACAGACCUUUAGUAAUAUUCUGUACAUUGGAUGAGUACAGGCAUUGUAUUCUCAUUUAAUGUUUGUUGCUCCAUGUAUACGUGUAAUAGAUCAAACAAGGGUAGUGAAAUAUUAAAAUAAUUUGUAAUGGUAAA